CUCUCAAAACAAAAUAUUUGGAAUACGAUCGUCGGUCCGCUGGAGAUGCCUGCUGCCUCCGUUUCUGUUUGUGUGCGUGUCUCGGAGAAGCUCUCCCUCGCCUCGCAGAUCCGCGGCCUGCUUUGUUGCUGCUUUGCCAGCAAGCUGCCGCGCUCAUCCUCGCGCGACGCCAGCGGCGGGGUGGCCCCUCUCCAGUGACCCGGCGACUGCUCCCGUCGGUGCCGCCGCCGCCUCCUCCUCCGAGAUCCAUUCCCGUGCCCGCGGCAAGGACCAGAUCCAUCACCGCGCCACGAGCUACAGCAGGCGACAUCCGCCCCGGGGUCGCACGCCGCCUGCUAGCCGCGGACGUCCCGGGAGCCCCGUUCGCAGACGCCUGCACGCGCGCGGCGCGCAACGAGCUCCGCCACCUGCCGUCGUGAAGCAGCGACUUGACGGCAAAAGGACCCUUUGAAUCAAAGAGAAGUUCGUCACUGAGGCUGAAGAAAAUCUGGAUGUGUUUACCUUUCAGGGCUUACUAAUUUUGAGAGGUGUCUGACAUAGACUAAAAAAAAAUCAGCGCCAGGGCUCAGGGAGCGACCUACCCCAAGGUGGGGAGUUGGUUCCUUUUCCAGUAAUAAUGAGGGCAAAUUCAUAUCCCAUCAUGAUGGAAGAGGACAUGGAAAAUGGAAGGUCGUAUCAAGAAAGACCAAGGGCUUUUUCAACAGUACGAAGCAAAUCAUCUGUACCGCUGGCCUUCCGUUUGUUGAUGAGGGUAAAUCCCCGUGCCGUGAUUAUUCUUUCUCUUUUGGUCUUCAGUGGUGUUUUGUAUGUGGGAGCUAGUACAUCACCAAUUCUGGUCUUUGUGUUCUGUAUAUGUACUCUCAGUCUAUUCUUCUCUGUCUACCUUACAAAGUGGGUUCUUGCUAAGGACGAAGGACCUCCAGAAAUGUCCGAGAUUUUAUAAUGUACAACCAAAAAGAGCAGGCCUGGUGCAGUGGUGACAGCUAUUUGCUAAGGCUUUAGCUAGCUAUAUCCAUCAACUGAGUCAUUUUAGACUGUUUGAGACUUGAGAAAGAGUUGGCUCACAGCAGUUCCAAUGAUUUAGUGGAACAUGUCCCGUCGGGGCAGAAAUUCCAUGCUAUGCUCUACAGUAGGCUACUCACCUUGGCUCAUAGUUCUAUACUGAUAGGAUUCUCAUCAAUCUACUACUUCAGACUUCAAUAGAUCGAUUCUUACGUCUGCUAACAAUUUUGGAUAUUAUUUUUUUAUUAUUUUCUUUUUUUUUCCCUCUCAAACACACAGGAGAGUUGUGUAUCAUUAUAUUAAUGAGAAGGAGAAAGGUACACCAAUUAACAUUCAUUUUUGACAGUUAUACGAUUCCAGAAGAUGAUUGCUUAACAUGUUUCUGUCUUAAAUGACAGGCUGCUUGACCAUUGUCUGUUUUUUAGGAGAUUUUCAUGGAAAGAGUGCCCUUUCUAUCAAUGCAGGGCUCAAACCUUUUUGCAACAAUUGAAUGGGUUUAGCUUAGAAUUGAAUCAUGCCCCCGCAAGAUUGUCGGGCCAUCGAGGACUUGUUCAGAUGAGUUGUAAAGUGCCGGCGAGGGAAAGGGAUACAUAGCCUUUAGUGACAAAGAUAGAGAAGUUCUCACUGAGUCACCAGGUCACAAGUUCGAAGCAGCCUCUCCGUAUUUGCGGGAGAAGGCUUGCCCCUUGGUUUAUCCCUUCUCCAGACCCCUCAUGUGGGAACUUGCGGCAUUGGGUCUGCCCUUUAUGUACAACCAAACCUUUAGUCCUAAGCAAGUUGGAUUAGGCACUUGGGCCAGAGAUCAAACCCAGUGCGAGCAUUUAUCCUGUAAAUGGAGUUUGUAGUCUGUGCUGCCCCCUGCCCCUUUUAUUAUUUCCUAUGAUUGUUUGUCUCUAAAUUGUGCUAGUAUUAUUGGGUUUUUGACUUACCAGAGUAGUGCUGUAGCAUGAUUUGAUUUUGUGCCUUCUCUUGUUCAGAUAUCUGAUGCCAUAAGAGAUGGCGCUGAAGGUUUUUUUAGGACACAAUAUGGAACUAUUUCUAAAAUGGCAUUUAUUCUGGCCUUUGUCAUCCUUGGCAUUUAUAUUUUCCGCACUACCACCCCACAGCAGGAGGCAUCUGGCUUGGGAAGGGCAACAUUAGCCUAUAUUACAGUUGCCUCUUUUCUCCUUGGAGCGUUAUGUUCUGGAAUAGCUGGUUUUGUUGGAAUGUGGGUGUCCGUACGUGCAAAUGUACGAGUUUCAAGUGCUGCUCGUCGCUCUGCAAGGGAAUCAUUGCAGAUUGCCGUCCGUGCUGGUGGUUUCUCAGCCAUUGUGGUUGUUUGCAUGGCUGUAUUUGGCGUGGCAAUACUGUACUCAACAUUUUAUGUUUGGCUUGGAGUAGAUUCACCUGGGUCAAUGAAGGUUACCGACUUGCCUCUUCUCCUUGUGGGAUAUGGUUUUGGUGCCUCUUUUGUUGCCCUUUUUGCUCAGUUGGGUGGUGGAAUAUACACGAAAGCUGCUGAUGUUGGAGCUGAUCUGGUUGGAAAAGUUGAGCAGGGAAUACCAGAAGAUGAUCCUCGUAACCCAGCUGUCAUUGCUGACUUGGUUGGUGACAAUGUUGGAGAUUGUGCUGCCCGAGGCGCUGAUCUUUUUGAGAGCAUAGCAGCAGAAAUUAUCAGUGCAAUGAUACUUGGAGGAACAAUGGCACAGCGCUGUAAAAUUGAGGAUCCGUCUGGCUUUAUUUUGUUUCCUCUUGUUGUGCAUUCAUUUGAUUUGGUGGUGUCAUCAGUCGGAAUUCUCUCAAUCAGAGGAACACGUGACUCUGGGCUCAUUUCCCCUAUCGAAGAUCCCAUGGCAAUUAUGCAAAAAGGCUACUCUGUUACUAUUAUGCUUGCUGUUCUUACAUUUGGAGUGUCUACUCGUUGGCUCCUGUACACGGAACAAGCACCUUCUGCAUGGCUAAAUUUUGCAUUGUGUGGCUUGGUGGGGAUCAUCACAGCAUAUGCUUUUGUUUGGAUUUCGAAGUAUUACACGGAUUAUAAACACGAGCCGGUCCGCCUUUUAGCUCUUUCAAGUUCUACAGGACAUGGAACUAAUAUUAUUGCUGGAGUAAGUUUGGGGAUGGAAUCAACAGCCCUACCAGUUCUAGUGAUAAGUGUUGCCAUUAUAUCAUCCUAUUGGCUGGGGCAGACCUCUGGCUUGGUGGACGAGUCUGGCAACCCAACUGGUGGUCUUUUUGGGACAGCUGUAGCGACAAUGGGGAUGCUUAGCACAGCAGGGUAUGUUCUCACCAUGGACAUGUUUGGUCCUAUAGCUGACAAUGCUGGUGGUAUUGUUGAGAUGAGCCAGCAGCAUGAAAGUGUGAGAGAAAUCACAGAUGUUCUAGAUGCUGUGGGCAACACAACUAAAGCUACUACAAAAGGAUUUGCCAUAGGAUCAGCAGCACUGGCAUCAUUCCUCCUGUUUAGUGCAUACAUGGACGAAGUAGCUUCUUUUGCUCAAAUGCCGUUCAAGGAGGUUGACAUAGCAGUCCCGGAGAUUUUUGUUGGUGGUUUAUUAGGCUCGAUGCUUAUAUUCCUGUUUAGUGCAUGGGCUUGUUCAGCAGUUGGCAAAACUGCACAGGAAGUUGUUAAUGAGGUCAGGAGACAAUUUAUCGAGAGGCCUGGUAUUAUGGACUACAAAGAGAAGCCCGAUUAUGGACGCUGUGUCGCAAUUGUGGCCUCUGCAUCCUUAAGAGAAAUGAUAAAACCUGGGGCUCUAGCAAUUAUAUCACCCAUGGCCGUUGGCGUUGUCUUCCGGAUUUUGGGCCACUCCACUGGUCAGCCUCUUCUUGGAGCUAAAGUUGUAGCCUCCAUGCUUAUGUUUGCGACGGUUGCUGGUAUUCUUAUGGCACUCUUCUUGAACACUGCUGGCGGCGCCUGGGAUAAUGCAAAGAAGUACAUUGAGACUGGUGCCCUUGGUGGCAAAGGCAGUGAGUCCCAUAAGGCUGCGGUUACAGGCGACACGGUUGGAGACCCAUUCAAAGACACUGCAGGACCAUCGCUGCACGUUCUUAUCAAGAUGCUCGCCACGAUCACACUGGUCAUGGCUCCCAUAUUCUUGUGAUUAACCAACCAGAUUUAUCAAGCUUGCCAUUAACCCUGCGGAGAUGUAUCUAUGCGACUUGUAGAUGAGGUGUUUACCUGCAUGUGAUGUAAUGAUCCAAUCGGUUUUAGUGUGACUACAUGUUGUACCCAAAGAAAGAAAGAAAGAAAGCAGCGAUCUGUACCCAGGUUUUAAUGGUCCAAUCGGUUUUAGUGUGACUAUAUGUUGUACCCAAAGAAAGAAAGAAAUCAGCGAUCUGUACCCAGGUUUGACGGUAGAUAUUAUUCUGAAUUUCUGACGGGUAGUGAUGGUGCAAAUGCCAUAUUUUGUGACGGACGUCACUGAACUAGUAGCCCAAGUGUUUUGUAUUUGUUUAUUGCUGGGAACAUUAUGACAUCCGUUGAGCUUAGCUGUAAGAAAGGAACGAUCCACGAUGGAUUUUAGGAU